CGUCCCCAUCAUCUUCAUCAGCCGCUUUACCUCCGUGUCCUUCCAGCAGCAGCUCACCUUCAGCCGGACACACGCACGUCCACCGCCGCGCCCGCAAAAAACACACGGCGGAUAAAUAGCGAUCGUCGAACAGAAGAGCCCGAGCAGAGCCAGUGUCGGUGGUUGUAAUGAUGUAGCGGGUCGUUUCACGGUUUGACUUCAACAUCCAGCUCCUUCGCCUCACUGCGACACGGACACACCGACCAGCUGCGCACAAAUACAUCUGCAGUCGAUCUCAGCCCGAACCAGCCGGCCCGUCCUGCGGCCUCCUCUGCACCAAGAAGGUCCAAGUGUCUGCGCAUCGCUCUCCCCGAGGCUCCGCGUCCGCCUCCAGCCGCAUCUUUCCAGCAGGAAGCAGCGUCCUCCACCAGAUCAGUCUGCGCCAUGGCCGACGUCCCAGCGGAGUGCAACAUAAAAGUGCUGUGUCGCUUUCGCCCCCUCAACCAGUCGGAGAUUGUCCGCGGGGACCUGUUCCUGCCCAAAUUCCAGGGCGAUGACACCGUCUCCGUCGGGGGGAGGUCCUAUGCCUUUGACCGUGUGUUUCCAACCAACACCACCCAGGAGCAGGUGUACAACACCUGUGCUAAGCAGAUUGUCAAGGAUGUGCUGGGUGGCUACAAUGGCACUAUUUUCGCAUAUGGACAGACCGCCUCCGGGAAGACUCACACCAUGGAGGGCAAACUCCACGACCCUCACCAGAUGGGUAUUAUUCCUCGCAUCGCCGAGGACAUUUUCAACCACAUCUUUGCAAUGGAUGAAAACCUUGAAUUCCACAUCAAGGUUUCCUACUUUGAAAUCUACAUGGACAAAAUCCGUGACCUGCUGGAUGUGACAAAGACCAACCUGUCUGUCCAUGAGGAUAAGAAUAGGGUGCCCUAUGUGAAGGGAUGCACUGAGCGUUUCGUCUCCAGCCCUGAUGAGGUCAUGGAUGUGAUCGACGAGGGCAAAAGCAACCGUCACGUGGCUGUGACCAACAUGAACGAGCACAGCUCCCGCAGCCACAGCAUCUUCCUGAUCAACAUCAAGCAGGAGCAUGUGGAGACUGAGCAGAAGCUCUGUGGAAAGCUCUACCUGGUCGAUCUGGCUGGCAGUGAGAAGGUGAGUAAGACCGGAGCUGCAGGAGCUGUCCUGGAUGAGGCUAAAAACAUCAACAAGUCUCUCUCUGCUCUGGGAAACGUCAUCUCUGCGUUGGCUGAGGGCACGAAAUCUCACGUGCCGUAUCGUGACAGCAAAAUGACCCGCAUCCUGCAGGACUCCCUCGGUGGCAACUGUCGCACCACCAUGUUCAUCUGCUGCUCUCCCUCCAGCUACAACGACACAGAGACCAAGUCGACUCUGAUGUUUGGCCAACGUGCCAAGACCAUCAGGAACACCGCCUCCAUCAACCUGGAGCUGACGGCGGAGCAGUGGAAGAAGAAGUUUGAGAAGGAGAAGGAGAAGAACAAAACCAUGAAGGAUGCCAUCACCAAGCUGGAGGCCGAGCUCAACCGCUGGAGGAAUGGAGAAGAGGUGCCUGAGACAGAGCAGACUACGGCCGACGUGGUGAUCCAUACUGUGGAGGAGCGCCCCAUUCUGGACAACGACACCUCCUCCAUUGUGGUCCGUAUUUCCGAGGAGGAGCGUCAGAAGUACGAGGAGGAGAUCAGGAAGCUGUACAAGCACCUGGAUGACAAGGAUGAUGAGAUCAAUCUGCAGUGCCAGUUUGUGGAGAAACUGAAGCAGCAGAUGAUGGACCAGGAUGAGCUCCUGGCCUCAUCCCGUGGGGACGGGGACAAGGUCCAGGCUGAGCUUGGCAGGCUGCAGGUGGAGAGUGACUGUGCCAAGGCUGAGGUGAAGGAGGUGCUUCAGGCUCUGGAGGAGCUGGCCAUCAACUAUGACCAGAAGAGCCAGGAGGUGGAGGAGAAAGGCCUGCAGAACCAGCUGCUGGCCGACCAACUGGCCCAGAAAAUGGCCAGUCUGAUGGAGCUGGAGGCGGAGCUGUCUCGUAUGCAGGAAGUGAGCGGUCAGCAGAGGAAACGCAUCGCUGACGUCCUCAACGGCCUGAUGAGGGACCUCAGUGAGUUCAGCACCAUCGUGGGCAACGGCGAGAUCAAGCUGCCGGUGGAGAUCAGCGGCGCCAUCGAGGAGGAGUUCACGGUGGCUCGCCUCUACAUCAGCAAGAUCAAGUCGGAGGUGAAGAGCAUGGUGAAGCGCUGCCGACAGCUGGAGAUCAUGCAGCUGGAGUGCCACCGCAAGAUGGAGGAGACUGGGAGGGAGCUCUCCUCCUGCCAGCUCCUCAUCUCUCAGCACGAGGCUAAGAUCCGCUCUCUGACGGAGUACAUGCAGAGUGUGGAGCACAAGAAGAGGCUGCUGGAGGAGAGCCACGACUCGCUGAGCGAAGAGCUGGCCAAGCUGCAAGACCAGGAUAACUCCCUGCUCGAGGGGAAGGAUGCAGAGAAGGGCGAGAUUGAGGAGGGAAAUGUGAAGAAGACUGUCCGUCAGCAGGGAGAUUCCCACCGCGGCAUCCAUCACCAGCAGCUGACCCGCCUGCGGGACGAGAUCAAUGAGAAGCAGAGGGUCAUCGAUGAGCUAAAUGAUCGUAACUCUAAGAUGGAGCUGGAGCUGGCUCAGGUUCGGGCGGACUUUGAGCGUCUGAAGAGUCAGGACAACUCCAAGAGCGAGCGCCUGGAGGAGCUCUCAUUCCUGCAUGAACGUCAUGAGCAGACCAAACAGGACUUGAGGGGUCUGGAGGAGACUGUCGCCCGCGAACUCCAGACCCUCCACAACCUGCGCAAGCUGUUCGUUCAAGACCUCACGUCGAGGGUUAAAAAAAGUUCCGAAAUGGAACCUGAUGAUAGUGGGGGGUCUUGCACCCAGAAGCAGAAGAUUUCCUUUCUUGAGAAUAACCUGGACCAACUUACAAAGGUUCACAAACAGCUGGUUCGUGACAAUGCAGAUCUGCGCUGUGAGCUUCCAAAGCUGGAGAAACGGCUUCGGUCUACUGCUGAGAGAGUUAAGGCCCUGGAGACUGCACUGAGGGACGCCAAGGAGGGCGCCAUGAUGGACCGCCGCCGCUAUCAGCAGGAGGUCGACCGCAUCAAGGACGCCAUGAGAGCCAAGAACGCCAUGCGUCGCCCCCACGCAGCACAGAUCGCCAAGCCGGUGAGACCGAAGCAGCUGCCAAGUUGCUCUCCCACAAAUCCGUUCUACACCUACAUCCGUGCCACUGAACACGCCAACACCUACAGCAACGCCCUCUUCCAAGGAAGCGCAUCACAGCAGAGCGCCGCCAGCGCCACCUGCAGCCCCAACUCUGUCCAGAGCAACACAGUUUCCACAGCACUGGGCUACAGAGCAGGCAAAUAUAAUGGAGACAUCCUGGAGUCCUUCCCACUCAACAUUGACAAUGGUAACAACCUCAGUGGAACGAGAGACAUCAAUGACAACAGUGAUGUUCACUGUGGCAGCGAGGUGGAUGAUACAAACAGGCACUACAUCGUUCAGCAGGAGACAGCUGCGAGUUAAUCCCAGGAUUUGUGACCAAACACUGUUUCCAACCAUGGACCCUCCCCUCCCAUCUGCAUGCAGCCCGUCCCCCUGUCCCUCCACUGCAUCACUGAUGAAGACGAUGAUGAGGAUCUGUAGCCCUGUAUUCUAAUUACUAGCUGAAGCCCCCCCCCCCCCCCCCC